AGGCAGCUGCAAGACUCUUGAGGCGACCAAAAAAAUAUUCUUUUAUAUAUUUUUACUUGACCGAGAAUUAAUCAAUUCAAACUUAAGAUUACCGCUAAAAGCACUAAAGAACUGAUUGUAAGAAGCAGAUAUCGAUUCUUAAAAUCUAGCUCGCGCUAAGGGGGAAUUCGAAUAUCGUCUUCAAAAUUUAAAUUUGUGAAAAGCUAAAAUAAGCUAAGUCUAGUGUCAAAACACUAAGACGUAUCAUUGCAACUCCAGACUCGUGCAAACCUAAGAUGUCUGCGAGCUCAAAAUCUUCGAUACAGUCGUUCUUCGAGGCUAAGAAUCAUUGCCGAGAGGCGUUCAGUGUACUUCACGAAAUGCGAGGCAAUAUGGAACUUUGUGAUGUGGUUCUUAAAGUUGGGAACCUGACAUUAACUGCACAUAGAGCAGUUCUAGCCGCAACUUCACCUUUUUUCAGACGUGAGUUUUCUUCGUCUGAGCUGGAUCGGUCUAAUAACGAGUUUGUUAUGCCUGAUAAUAUCCAACCUGAGUCCAUGGCUGCUAUGAUAGAGUUUCUUUAUACAGGAUCUUUACAUAUCAAUGUGAAAAACACAGAGGAACUUCUAGAAACUGCAUGUUUAUUAAAGAACGAAGAAGCUUUACAAGCAGUGAUCGAAUCGGUCGUCGCAAGCAUAAGUAUUUCAAACUGCCUUCGGCUACAAGGUGUUUCCAGGAGACACAACCUUGCUGAUAUGAAAGAAAAAAUCGACAGAUUUGUGGAGUGGAACUUCGAGGAGAUCGCCAGACGCAAAGCAUUCCUCUCACUGGAGGCGGAACAGUUAAGAGAAAUACUCAAAAGUGAGAAUCUGAGAGUUAAAGGCGAAGAGAUUGUUUAUGAAGCUGUUUAUAAAUGGUACAUGCACGAUCGCGAUAACAGACGAGAGUCUGCAGAAAGAGUUUUUCAGGAAGUCCGAUUUUGUCAGAUACCAGAAAAUUUAUUAGUCCGUCAAGUUAUCCCAGACCUAGUAGAAAAAGAAAACCUCUGCUCAGAAUUCGUAGAGAAGGCAAUGGACCACCACAGGGACCCCACCAAGCCAUCCCGCCCAAGAAAACCGCAAGAAUCGAUUUAUGUACUAAGUAGAAGAGACAGCAUAGCAGAGCGGUUUGAUCCAGUGCACGGUACAUGCAUUCCCUGUUACCCUAUGGUGCCCGUUGAUGAUGGAGAUGGUGAACAUCGCUGUACAGUAAUAGUUGGUGAUGAUAUACAUGCAGUAUAUGAAAAACGAGUCGAGAAGUACGAUCCAGUUGGCUUGUGCUGGUUGGGUGUUGGGCCAGGUAUAGACACACAUGACGCAGCAGUUUGUGCUGGUAAGAACUGCAUCUACGUCGUGGGAGGAAAAUCCCAUCGAGAAAAAGUAUACAAAUUCAGUCUUAAGAAUUCAAAGUGGACAGAGCUGCCCAGUAUGUCUGAGAGUCGCAGGUUACCAGGAGCAGUUUGCAUCGGGAUCAAGCUAUACGUAGUAGGAGGCUUCGGCGAAAAAGGAGCUCUAUUUUCCGUCGAGUGCUACAACACUAAACUCGAGAAGUGGACACCCCUUAAGCCGUUGAACUUCGCGCGUUUCCAGUUGGGAGUCGUAUCUUUAAACAACUCGAUCUAUGUUAUAGGAGGGAGAGAUAAUUCCGAUACCUUAAAAAGCAUCGAAGUGUUAGGCAUCAAAACAAAAGGAUGGAAAGUUUUAGACGGCCAGUUGAAUGAAGCGCGCAAUGAUUUUGGGCUGGUUGUUCAGGGUGAGGAGAUAAUUUGUUUCGGUGGAAGAGGUGUUAAAUCUAUCGAGAGCUUCAACGUUACGAGUGAAGAAUCAAAGGUCGUUGGCAACACGGGGAUCAGUACCUUUUCGAUUGACUGCUUGUUAUUUCCUGCGAUGUAGUAUGGAUGAUAGUAUGUAGAUUGAUUUUUAAAUCAAAGUAGUGACUACAACAAAUAACAUUUUUCAAGAUGGAUAUCUAUUUAGGUAAAAUAGUAACUGAUCUAGAAGGAUCGAGUUAUACUAUUUUUUUGUUAUUUCCACCCUGCAUAUUCAUUAGAAAUGAAACCAAGAAGAAAUAACGAAUUAAAGAAAGGAAGGAAAGAAGGAAAAAAGGAAGGAAGGAAGAAUGCAAGAACGAAAGUUAAAGAAAGAGAAGCUUAAAAGAGAAAUUCUGACCAUCGCACACACUAUCUGAACGAGAUUGAAGUAGUUUUCAUGAGAGCAUACCUGGUAGGAGCAAACUAAUAAACUAUGGUCCAUACGUCGAUCGAUGUAUAAGACCAAUAUUCCUCUCCGUAUCUCCGGUAUAUAUCAGCCACACGCAGUCUAUCACAGGAAAGUACAUUACACACAGAUAUUUUCUAUUCAAAUGAUUAUAAAACUUAAUUCUGGUUGUCAACUAAAAUUGACUCAGAUAGUCUAUACAAAUGAUCAUAAAACUAACUUUUGGUUGUAAAAAAAAGGUUUGUUUCUGAGCAAGUUGCUAAGACUAUCUUUCCUGACUGUUUUGUAAAAUAUAGAAAUAUAUAGAAAUCGAAAUAUAGAAAUAUAUAGAAAUAGGGUUUUCCUUGUAGUUAAACUAUGAUAAAUAAAG